AUGGCCGGGGCGCGGCACGAGCGGAAUAGCCUGGACCGCGAUGGCGGUGUACCCAGGCUCCUGAGAUCUCAGACGCACCGGGAGGAACUCAAGUGCAACAUCUGCUUCGACCUCGUCGUGUCGCCUGUGACACUGCCGUGUGGUCACACCUACUGCAAGCACCACAUCCAAACGUGGCUUCUAGAGAACGACAGCUGUCCGGUUUGCCGUGUGCGAAUCCUGCACUUCAAGGACCGCGAGAAAAAGCCGAGGCAACUUCGGACAGCAGCAUCACUUUUCCAGACGUCGUUGAGGGACGAGGAUGGAAAAGGGGGGCAGCAAUCUGGAGAGGGCUUCGAGCUCCACGUCAACAAGAUGUUGGAGACCCAAGUGAUUCGUUUUUUCCAGGACGAGGUGCAGAACAGAAUCUCGGAGGUGGCCAGUGAAGUCUGGGAUGUCAUCGAGCGGCGGCAGGAUGGCUUCCUCACCCGUCUGCGUAAUUUCCUGGACCAGUUCCGGGCACCGGGGGUGACCGAGCUGCUAAAGCUCAAGAGUAUGGUUGGGCCAGACUCUCCGCUGCCGAACACGAAGGGGGCUACACUGCUUAUGAUGGCCAGCGAACUUGGAUUAGAGGACACGGUGGAGGAACUCUUGAAACUAUCUGCCGAUCCGUGGAAGACAACUUCCGCCGGCUUUGGUCCAGGGACUUCUGCCUUACAAAUGGCUUCCGGGCAGGGGCACGCAGCGGUGCUCAGGAAGCUGCUUUCAGCAGAGCAGGGUGUGCUCGACUCAAACAGCGCCGCCCUCUGUGCAGACGCACUAGGAGCGGCGAUUGAGGGACACCACAUUUCCUGCGUGGAGGAGCUUCUGCGCAUUCCUGAAAUUCCCGAUGUCGCUGAUCUGCGAAAUUGCAUGGAUCUGACUGGACUUCUCACAGCAGUACAGGCUGGGAACACGGAUAUCAUAUCCAUGCUGGUCGAGCACCGGGCGAACAUCGAAGCACGCACCGCGCAUUCGGGCCUGCUGGUCUCGAAGGCUGGAAGUGAAAAAGUGAACGGGCCUUACCAACAGGUGGGAGAGUAUUGUGGGCGCCCGCUGUACGAGAACCUCUUUGGGGCAGUGGUGUAUUGCAAGGGAUGGUGGAAGAUUGCCCUGUCCCGAGCCAACAUGGAGGAGACAGAGGUCACUGCCUCUCAACCGAAAACUCCCAUCGCUUUAUCCCGCCAAUUUGAGUUUCCGCUGCGAUUGCUGUUGAACGUCCUCGGCAAGUUUGUGCACUCCCUGCUCAACGCUCUUGAGGGGGAGCUGGUUGUGCAACGGUCCACAUCGGUGACCGCAGCUGAGUGCUUCCUUCAGGGGAGAUCGCCCCGACGCAGCACAGCUCUGUGCACCUUGCUGUUCCCAGCUGCAGCAAUGGCAAAGCAAGCGAUGGAAACUGAAUCCCCGGCUCGGAAGCGGGGAGUCCCCAUCGACGAAGGGCUCAGCUUGGAGUCGAUCCGUGAAGUCCUCAGAACCGAGAUCCAAGGCGCAGUGGGAGGAGUCACCGACCGAGUUGCCGCGUUGGAGAGAAGCCUUCAAAGCCACAAUGAACGUACCUUUCAAGCAGUGGAGACACUUUCCACUGGGCAAGCAGAGCAAGGACUCCAGAUCCGCCAGCUGGCCACCGAUUCGCAGAACAUGGCGACCAGGCUCAACAACUUGGAGGGAACGAUCAAAAACCUCCAGUCCUCGGGGAGCACCCCGUCGACAAUGGAUACGGGGAGAGUCCCCGCCCUGGUGAUGGGAGGAUGGCCUCCUGACACCCUGGCAGCGGACGUUCUUACCAAGGCCAACGAGAUGGCCAGGGACCUCCAACUCCAGAUCAACAUGGCUGAUGCAUUUGUCCCAGGCGUCCGCAGAGGUUUCGUGCUGGUGCCAAUCUCGCCCAUGGACGGUGAAACAGAAGAGGCAAUGAGGCAGAGGGUGCAGACAUGUAUCAGGCGAGUCAACGCCUCCAACAUCUCCCUGGGUUGGAAGCCAGAUGGAAAUCAAGCCAGGCUCUGGCUCACCCUGAGCCAACCACCGGAAAGACGCAGGCGGGCAGCCUUGGCUGGGAAAGUAAAGCGAUUGAUCAUUGAAGCCGGGGGAACAGCCCUCAUCGCCCGCAUCGAGCCCGAAUGGGCCACAGGCACCGUGUGGUUUAAGGACAACAAGAUUUCGUCGGGGACGUCGGCAGGACCCCCGGGAUCCAGCAUUGCAGGUUGCGGUUGGAUUGAUCUACCCAAGAUCGCUGAGCUCAUCGGGGUUGAUUCGCAGCAACUUGCCAAGACGUGGGAACCGCUGCUCGCGGAGAAGUCACAGCGUAGGCCGCAGGAUUCUUUGCAUGUGUGCACCUGGAACCUUGGAGGGAUGAGCCCGGAUACUGUUCUGGACUUUCUUUCCAACUUUCGUGGUGAGCAACCCCUUUCCCGCUUGCGUAUAGUGUUUCUCCAAGAGAUCACUACACAGGGGGGACCGCACUUCCUUGACAACGACACGUGGAUGCUGGUCCACGGCAGACAGGAGAGCGAAUGGCGAGGCUGUGGUGUUGCUUUCGUUAAGACUUUGGGGGUUCACCUCAACUCUCGCCUAAAGCUUGCCGCUUGCACCGUGUGCCUGAAACUCCAUGAUGCAAAGACCCUGGGACUUAUCUCAGGGCACAUUUCGCACAAGUUCACCAUUGCAGACGCGGCCGCUGCCUUGCAACAGUGGGGGGAAUCCCCAGCCUGCCUCCAACCCAAGGUCAUGUUAGGUUUCGACGCAAACGAAACCUUUUUGCAACCCGGAGACCUGCUGGAGGACGAAACCCUAUCCUGCACGGGCCGGGGAGAGCAGAUACUUACGUGGUGCAUGGAGCAGGGGAUCACGCUGCCCCUUCAGCAUUGUGAUAAGCCUAGCCACUUCCCAUAUAACCCUGAUCUUGCCCCGAGAAGGAUCGAUUAUGUGGCCUCCAGCCACCUAAGGAUCGUCGCUGCCGAUGUAGGAGCGUACAGAGACCGAGCACGAUCAGAUCACGAACCGAUCCUAGCCGAGAUCGUCUUGCCAACACCGCAGGGCCCCAAAGGUAGAGUCAUCUGGUGCGCUAGACAGCUCAAGUCUGAUUGUCAUGCAGUGUUAGACGCAUCGUUGCCGGCACAUGCCGAUCACCAUCAUGCCAUUGCCCACAUCUCUAGGCUUAUCACUGAGCCCGUGAACCGAUCCAUGAAGUUUCAUGAGUCCGGGGAACUCAAAAAACUCAGGAAAGUGGCCAAGGGGGCAACCCCUGGGAUCGAAUCACGCAAAGCAUGGAAGCUUGUUGAGAAGACCUUGAAACAUGAACGCAAAGAAUGGCAGCGCGCACUUGCGGACAGAGCGGGGGCCCUCGACUGGAAUGCCUACCGCGCCAUUAAGCACAAAUCAUCUCGGUCCAACUGGGCGGAGAACUUGCUCGAUGACCCGGACUGGGAAGAAGCACUCAGAAAGCACAUGAGCUCCAUUUUCGCGAAACGACCACCGGCAGAUACUGCCGCAGCCAUGCAAUGCAUGCGAGAGGAGGCGACUAGGUUGUGCAAAACCUGUCCUUGGCGCCCCUUCACUGAGUCAGAGAUGCGCAUUACGAUGGCAAAAUGGAAAACGCACAAGGCCACCGGCACCGAUGGAAUUGCUUUAGAGGCACUCCAGCUGCUGUUCGAAGACCACCGUUGGCGCCCUCGCAUUGCCGAGCUUAUCAACGACAGUCUGUAUCGGGGGGAUAUCCCCCCGUGGGUCUCCGAAGGCGCGUCAGUGCUUCUUCCAAAAACCGCUGUCCCUGCGGGCUGGUCCGAUACCAGGCCCAUCACCCUGUCGAGCGCUGUGCUCAAGUGGAUAGCGCAACUCCUGCUGUUGCGGGGUACACCCGCCCUUCUAGACUGUUGCCAGCACCAAUGGGCAAGCCGACACAAGCAGGGCGUUGAACUGAUCUUAGCUAUGCGCAAACUGGCCCGUGUCGCGCACGAAUGGAAAACACCUUUCUAUAUCGUGAAGAUUGAUAUAGCUAAGGCCUUCGACUCGAUCGCUCAAGAAAAACUAGGUGACCUCGUCAUGAGGAAAAUCGCGAGGGGAGGCCUCCCCUGGGAAGCGAGACUGUGGCUUAAGUUGCUUGAGGCACGCGAGUUGAACUUUUACGUUCAAAAGCACAAAGUGCCCGUCACCCAAACCAACGGAGUGCGACAGGGCAGCCCAGAUAGCCCAGUUUUGUUUGCCGCAGAAAUAGGGGAAACCCUUGACGCAGUCCUGCAGAGUGUUCGCGGGGGCGAACCCCCACAUGUAGGCCGUCACCAAGCCCUCGGACCACCACCGCAUUCAGGUGCUGCCUUUAUGGACGACACAUAUGUCUGGGGAGAGUCCCCAGAACACGUGCAGGAAGUCCUCCAGGCGCUUGAAGCCAAAUUCCUGGAGCUAGGCUUGCGAAUUAACGCCAAGAAGACCCAUGUAGUCUCUAGCAUCCCUGAUGACACCUUUAGGUUCUCCAUAGGCGGCGUCCAGGUAGCCCCCGAUGGGCCACACGCCAUCAUGACCAUCCUAGGGGCGCCGGUCACCGUGUCCGGGGCGAUUGCCCCGUUGGCCCCCAUUAAGGACCGCCUUAAGAUGCACCAGACUGGCACAUCCGGUCACUCCGCAAGACGCGAUCGAUCUUGCAUCAAAACAAAAUCCAACGGUGGUCAACACAUGCGCUCCAGAUGCAGUGGCAGCUUUGGGGCCACAUUGGCCGCGCAGUGUUCCAGCCGACAUUCCACAUUCUCCGAUGGCGGGACCUUACGUGGUGGCGAGACCAGCAAGCGCUUCCCCCGGGGCCCCACCCCAAAGGAGUUCGCCAUGUCGGCCACCAUAACCCGCACGUUGAUCCGGAAAGACAAAUCUCCGCCAUUGCCGGAAAUCAAUGGUGGAUCCCGGCUCAGGUUUGCCCUGCCAUUCUUAGGAGCGAUCACUGCAGCCGUGCAGCUCCUGACUCCAAGCGAGAGCCCCAUGUGCUUCGUCUUGCUGGUGCUGAGUGCCGUUGGCUGCCUCCGCAGUCUGGCUGGGCCCAACCCGGACGUCGUGAUCGUAGACUCAAGCAGCGAAAGCGACAUGUCAGACAUGCCGUGGGUGAUGGACAUGCCAGUUCAGUCACAGGGGACGGCCCCCCCUCUGGGUGUAGUCAGCAGCCCGCGGCACCUGGGCUACAUGACCAACGAGCUCCUUUGCAGGGACGGGGAGUACUUCCAGCCGCGAGUGGACCGCUAUGCCACAUACAGGAUCGGCUAUGCGCAGGCCUAUGACCCGGCAGCCGACCCGUGGCACGAGGACGGCAUGUUCACUGGUGUGCCGGGCCAAGCUCCCGUCACGAUGCCCUAUGACAAUACCAAGGAAGAGAUCACAUGGCUGGACAACCACUUCCACAACAAUACCAACAUCACCUUCCACAACAACCUCACGCACAGAGGAGGAGGGGGACCUCCUUUCGUGCAGGGAGCGGGCCAGCACCACCCGCCAAGCAUGGACCCGUGGGGCUUCAUCGCCAGACAUUAUGCCUCUCAAGGCCCCUUGCUUCCGCCCAGCCAAUGGAGCCACAAUCUGCUUGGCCUGGGACGACAACACCAACAACAGCGUGAUGCAGCUGGCCCGCACGAUGAUGGCGCAGACGCCACAUGCACUACCGACACCACUUGCGAGGGGGAGAACCCCGAGUACUUCGAGGAGGGAAUGGAGACAGAGGCAGAAGUUGAAGCCGAAGAAGGAGAACUGCCUCCUCACAGCGAUGCCGAUGACGAGCUCACCGACGUCCCUGAGGAUGAGCUGGACUGGGAUAGCGACCAGCCGGACACCGAGGAUGAAGAGGAGGAGCCACAGCCUGCAACCGCCGGUGCAGCAUCCGGGGCGAGAGCCACUGCCAGCUUCACCAUCGCCACAACGAGCACAUCUUCUCGCGGCUUUGUCGGCCCACCACUACAGCUACGGGGGACAAAGCCUCCAACCAAGCCAGAGUGGACCAUGCCAAGAGACGGCAAGCGAACCCAUAUCUACAACCACAAGGACGACAAUCGAGAUCUACUCCCUCGACAUCAACACCAGCAGGAGGAGAACGGCCUCCUCCACAGCCACAACCUCAACACGGCACUACACCGCCACGUCAUCAACAACAACGAACUCCAGCCGCAGCGUCGUCAACCUCAAGGGCAGCCGUUACGCAGCAGGCCCAAGAUCAACACACGCAGCCGCCACAGCAGCCAACGCAGUCCAGGCAGCACGCCCAACCAAAACAACCGCCACAGCGCAAAAGGGACCAAGGUCCUGAACAACCACCACCUCCUCAGCCACAGGAUCACCGCAACCAACCACCCCAACAACAAGCACGCCAACAGCGACAAGUACACUUUCAGCUGCCAGAAACUCUCAGACAGCACGGAGGUACAGUUGCGUGGGGAUGGCGUUGCAAAGUACCCAGUUCAGAUCAUCGACAACCGCCCGAUCCCGGCACAAGGGUCGGCAGGGGGACAACCCCUCGACCAAGCAGACCACCAGCUGCACAACCAGUUCCACAACGUCAUCGGGGACCAGCUCGUGGUUCAGCCAGCCCACAUCACGGACUACCCGCACGUUCCUGGCAGCUCCUCGUCUUCCAGCUCCAGAGGCCCUCGAGAUCCAGCACAAGAGACAGGGGGACCUCCCCUGCCAGAUGUUCGUGACCUAGAGCAACAAGCGGCCGAAGCUGUGGAGGCGGGUCGAGUCCCACCCUGGCAAGUUGAAGGAGAGGGUCCCAGCAUGAGAAGCAGCGUGAGAGUCGAUGACAAUAGCCACGAUAUUUCAUGGAUACAGGGGGUCACCCCUGCUACACUCCCACCGCCAAUGCCGCUCCACCCGCGCACGCUCCUGAGUUUGCGAGGCAGCGCGACUGGCUCGUGGCGAGGGGUCACAUGGUCACCCCCAAGCAACUCCCUGGUCCGGCAUCCAGCUAGACAGCAUAUCGAACCUACGAUGGUGAUCUACAAAACCCUGGCGGGACGACCGGAACGGGGGAUUCUCCCCGAUGGCCUCCAGAUUACGAUCCACCCCGCCGGAGCCUGGAUCGCUACCACGCGCUUCGAAUUGGGCUUCGCGCGCACACCCAGAUAUUGGCUCCUGGAAGUGGACUAUGCGCCGCCGCCCCAACCAGAUCGAAUGCAGCUGCGUACAGGUGAAAGUUUUUGGCUAGAAUGGCGGGGCGAGGAACGACAAUGGAAAAGGCGACCCAGGUUCUACAACGACAUCGCCGUCCUCGGGCGGUUCCCCACGAUCCCGCAAGCCGAAGCUCCAAGGCCACCUACGCCUCCACAAAGACGCGACCCUACCACGGCCACGGCACAGCGAGGAAGUCAGCAAAGACCGCGGGGAUUCAACCCGCAGUUCUUCGUGGACACCAGACCACUCAGGGGAAGGUUGAUUACCCCUACCGCGACGGCCCCGGAAGAGCAAGAACCGGCUUCGUCCUCUACCUCAGGGAGCGGCCCCGCACGACCUCGCCGAGACGAAUCCAGCAGACCAGAGGCGAAAGGCAAGGCCAAGCCGCCACCACCACCAACGACUACCUCGGGGUCCGAGUCGGAAACUAGCUGGCCCAGUGAAGACCCGCCACAGCCCGACCAUGACAGCAGCGCCCUGCUACAAGCCUAUCGGGAGUCCUUCAGGGAACCUCCUGCUACAACCGACGACUCCGACUACCUCGUCCUCAUGCAGACAGGCAAGACGCCCAAGAAUGACACCCCAACCAAUGCAGAGGGAUCGGGAACAACAUCCCGAAAUCUGCGACCGGGGGAGUCGGACCCCCAACCAACGAUCAAUGAUACAGCGUGGUUUUCGGUGGCAGCCAACUUCGAGGGAGACUUUACGGUGGAGGGACUAUUGCGGCUCUUGCAAAAGAUCCUGCACGAGAUGCUACAACAAUCCUUUGCUUUACCCAGCGACUACCUCACCAGCCUCGCCUACCACGCUUGUUACUACAUGUCAAAGUUGCAGAGCACCAACGAAAGGCAUCUGCAGCAGGCUGGGCACGCUGGGGUGAACCCAGAACCGCCUCAAGCAGCUGGACCCACCGCCAUGGUCUUCUGCAUCACGAAUGCCUUCGUAGAGGCCGAGGCAGCGCUCCAAUGCCUCGCCCACAACCACGAUGAGCUGCCCAAACGACAUCUGGUCAAAGAGCAGGCCCUGCUCCAGGAUGGCCGCGCCAUAUUCAAGAGCUGGGCUCGAGACCCUCAAGCGCCGGGAGCCUUGCCCGGAACGGCUGCGUCUCAGAAUGCCUUAGAUGGAGUCAGCUGGGCUUUCCUUGCAAUCGAAGAGGGGGGCGUGGCCACCCUGGACGAAGCCCUCCAAAAUGCGUGGCAAGCGACCCAGCGAUGCAACAAGUACAUGGACGAGUUGCUGGCAUGGAUAGAGCAACAAUUCCAGGCCAACACCGGAGCGGGGAGCCCAUCCCCCAAACGUCGCAGAACGGAGGUGGGGGAGACCCCUCAUCGCAUACAGCCGAGCCACUUGGUCUACACCGUGAAGUACCUGCACCUGAACAACAUCAUGCAGUACCUGUACGCCCGGGUGCCCGCCCUCAACCAGAUCAUGCAGCAGCCCUUCCAGGUGGCGAUCGCUCUCCAAGAGGCCCACGCAUACCUACUGCAAUGGACCACUGGACUCUGGGGCGAGCCCAUCGUGCUAGCGGAUAGUGCAGAGAGCAACGAACAGACGAUGCCGGAGCCCUCAUACGAAGACACUGGCAUGAACGCUAUGAUGCCGGGGGACCC